ACCCAUUUCUGUACCCACUCUUCGCCCCAUCUUCGAGGAAGCUAUCUGCACUCCCUUUCGCCCCAAGCAAACGUCUCGAAUCCUGCCGUUAUAUAUCGACCGUGUCUCCCUUGUUGGAUCUCUCCAUCCUGCAACCAGAUAUGGGGAGGCCGAGCGUCCACCAGAAGAGCCCCGAGCAAGCCAAGGCCAAGGCGACGAAGAAGAAGAAGCCCAUCAAGGUGGUGUACAUCUCCAACCCCAUGAGGGUCACCACGAGCGCCGCCCAGUUCCGGGGCCUCGUGCAGAAGCUCACCGGCCGGGACUCCAACGUCGCCGACAUGGCCAUCGCUUGCUCGCCGACAGGUGGACCCUCCGCGGACUGUGAGGGCAUGACGCCGCGAGAUCUGAGCUCGGGCUCGGGUGCGCUCGGUCCGUGUAAGGGCGCGGUGGCGACGCCGUUUGAGAUGUUGGAUGACGGCUUCUCCGCGCAGAUGUUAGAGGACUUGUCGGGGUUCCCACCGUGGCCGUCGCUGUGUUGUGAGUCUUCGGUGGGUGGAUUCUGGAGACUCGGUCAAGUGUGAGGAACAAUGGAAGGAUUGAGUAUACCUUGUUGGUCACAGUCAUGUCCAAAUAUACUCUUCUUAUUUCAUCUUUUCCAACUGAUCCUCGACUUCUUUCUCUGAAUCUCUGUCUGUAUCUCAAUAAUAUGGUUUGAUUUGGCUGCA